GGACAGAACAGAGAGUUCAGAAAAAAUAUUGGCAAAGUUAGCAGGCGGAGAACUCCUCAUUGCUUCUCCCUGAACGUUUUCCCUUUUUUAGACGUGGUCAUUGACUCUCCCUUAGAGCUCCAUCAGUCAAAGGAAACAUGACAUCUCUCGAGAAGAGAGCCAACUAUGCCUCAUCACCAAUCCGUGGACCUGGAGAUGGCAUGGAAACUGAGCAGCCAGCUAAAACUGUGGAAGUAAUUGCUGAAGUCCACACUACAAACCGUCACGCCCGUCACAGUCCACACAGGAAAGCUAUCUCUUCCCUGAGUCCUGGAGUUCUCCAACUAGGGAAAAUACACAAUAAUAAGUCAGUUGAGAUUGAAGCUGUGCGAAUACUAGUUCCCAAAGCUGCUAUAACUCAUGUUGUUCCUACCAAAAAUGCUAAAGUGGCUAAAUCUCUGGGACACCAUAAAGGAGAGGACUUCAGCAAGUCAGGUGGAGUUACAGAAUCCAAUAAAGAAUUUUUUGAGCUAAAAAAUGCAGUAGAAAAGCUCAAGAAUUCAGAAAGGAGAUUGUUACAGGACAAAGAAGGUCUUUCCAACCAGCUGCAUGUACAGACAGAGGUGAAUCGAGAGCUGAAGAAGUUACUUAUUGCUUCUGUUGGGGAUGAUCUGCAAUAUCACUUUGAACGCAUGGCUCGUGAGAAAAAUCAGUUGAUCCUAGAAAAUGAGGCCUUAGGCCGGAAUGUGUGUCAGCUGUCUGAACAGUUAGAGCGCAUGUCUAUACAGUGUGAUGUGUGGCGCAGCAAAUUUCUGGCAAGCAGAGUCAUGGCUGAUGAACUAACCAAUGCCAGAGCAACUCUUCAGCGCCAAACCAGGGAUGCACAAAGUGCAAUUCAGGAUAUGUUAAGUGAACGUGACCAGUUCCGUCAAGAAAUGAUCGAUACACAGAAAUUGUUAGAAGAGCUGCUGGUUUCACUACAGUGGGGGAGGCAGCAGACUUAUUAUCCUAGUGCUCAACCUCACAGUACAGCAGAGCUAGCAGCAGUGAACCAUAAGCUGGCUAAAGCAGUGAAAUCCCACCUUCUUGGAAAUGUUGGCACUAACACUCCAAAAAAGACUCCCCCAUCAACAGAGUUCUGCAACACUCCUGCUGAGAAAAUGGCUGAAAUGGUCUUGCGAGUGUUGGAUCCAACUGCCAGUAAUGAAGCGUCACCAGAAGUUUCCUUUUCUGAGCCUUCCUCACCCUCUUUUCUUUCCACAAAGAAGAACAUCGGUCGGUUUCACCCAUAUACCAGAUAUGAAAAUAUAACUUUCAAUUGCUGCAAUCAUUGCCAGGGAGAACUGAUAGCUCUUUAAAAUCACUGUGCUAAAAACAAAAUAAAUUCAGGCUGUCUGUGGAUAUAACAACUUUUCCUUAAGAGACACUAGUCAUUUAUCCAUUCUGAUUUCCCUCUUUGCUUUUAUCUUCCAGGGAUAAGGGGGCUAUGCUGGCACCAAUGUACUUUUUACUUCCUAUAACUUCCAUACUUAGUGACCUUGUUGUGGGACCAUGGUUAACGCUUAAAUCUACAAAUGCAAGUCCAGGAUGUUAAUGAUAGUACAAUUUAUAGUGUAAAUAGCCCCUUAUAUAUGCAGGAUUUGUAAUUAUAUUAUGAAAUCUUUAAUGGAUUUCUGCUCAGGGGAAGACAAAAGCAUGAAAAUAUUUAAGAAUAUAGACAAGUGCUUAAUCUCUGAAUAGUGCUUACUUUAAAAGGAGCUGAGAUAAAUGAUACUGGGAGAAACAUUGAGAUAAGUAUUUUCAUUUAAAGGGGCAUUGGAAUACACAGUCAGUUCCAUGCUAUUCAUUUAUAGUGUUACUCAAUUUGCUGUGGUGCUAUGAUCAGAUUUUUAUAAUCCUAGUACGUUACAAGAUCUGGUGCAAUUAACAGUAUGGGUCCUUACAAGUGCAGAAGGGGAUGGCAAGGCCCUGUUCAGAAUUCUUCCUUUACCCUUCUCUAGCAGAGAAGCCUCAAGAAGAAACUUUAAUGAAACUGAAAGGCAUUAAGUAUGAGUUGGUGCAGAAUGGAUUCUGGAAGCUGUGUGCACACACUGAAGUUAUUUUUGUGUGUACAUGUUGUUGAAACAAGUGAAUGGAAGCAUUUUAACUUGUGGAACCAAGUUGCUGCAUAGCUGAUACUCAGCAAAGAUAUAUACCUCCGCUAGUGGUUAGUUUAAAAAACGGAAGCUUACCCUAGACUUAGCAGCAGGUUAUUACAAAUGAAACUUUAACUGGUAUUAUGCUCACAGGAGGGGCCAGCAUCAUCAAAUACUUGGUAUGUAUAGGCAGACACAAAAUACUAUAUUUUUACUCAUUUGCUUUAUUAGGUUAAUGAGACAAAGUUCAAAGAAUGUACUUGUAACUAGUCUGCCAAACAGUCUGAGAAGACAGGUUGCAGAGUUCUCUUCUUGCUUAUUUGCACGUAGACAGGAUAUGAGUCUUCCAUCUGUUAUUAGGGAGCUUAUAAAAUCUUUUUGAACAAAAGUCCUAUUCAUAACAAUCAUGCUGAUGCCUUGCAGCACUUCAUUAUCCUCCAUCCCCCAACAAGCACAGUAUACAUAGCCUUGGCAUGUAAUUAAGGAAAAGGUCUCUAAACCAGUUGCUGUAACACUUUUGUUUGGUAAAUCUAGUACUGUAUACAGGGUAUAAAAGGUAUAAGUUUUUGACUGCUACACUUGGUCAUGUUUUGGCCUGUACAAUUAAUGUUACAAUAAACAUUCUCUACUUUUAUCACAAA